CAUAAAAAUAAUCACAUGGUUUCAAGCCAAUAUGAAAACGAGUAUUUUAUAUUUAUAUGAUUUUAUUAUUUCAAAAAGAUUAGUCGAGAUAUGUUUUGUUUAUUUGAGUCUGCUGGAUUUUACAAGAUCACGCCAAUUUGACAGAAAUGCAUACAAAGAGCUGGGUGCAGUUCUAGAGAACUUUGGCCAUGUAAACAACCCUAAACCUGCAGUGGAGCGAUGGUAUGAUCCUUAUUGGCAGGAUGGACAUUGGGUGUUCAAUAGAGUUAAGUUGCAGUCAACGGAACAUCCAUUGGGACACAUGUUGCAAAAAGGGAAGUAUACGAAACAUCAAGAUUGCAAUCAAAUUUGUUUAGGCAUUUAUGAAACUUACGGUGAGAUUUGCGCUCAACGCUUCGUAACUCGCAAACAUAGAUGGCGUUAUGAGUACAAGAAAUUCCACAACAUGUGUUAUUUGGAAUACGAAAAUUGUAAAGAGUUAAAUAAACGUUACGGUUGGUAUCCAAUUCAUAAAGGCAACUGUCCUGAGUUUAAGAAAAUGACAAAAAAUCCCACACACCCUUCACUGGCGGUGAAAAGAGUAACAAAAUGGAUGAAACGAAUCAAUAACAAACAAAUUGGAGUCGGAGUUGAUGAUUCGUAUGACCACAUUUGAUGUGGAAUGAAUGAAUCCAUCUCUUUCCCACUAAGUUGAUUUAGUCUCGUUAUAGUUAAUUACCCUUACAAAAACUUUUCAGUACAUUUUAAGGUAGCGUAGCGCUAUCUCAAUAUAAUUAUAUUAUAGUUAAUAUAAUUUAAACAACAUAUAA